AAAAAAUCAUUAAAAAGAAAAGGAAUUUUACCAAUUAACUUGAAGUCUUCAAAAUGAAGAAGGAUCUUAAAAAUUCUAAGGAUAGUAAACUAGAAAAGAACUAUAUUAAGGGUUUGUUAGAAAGUAAUGGUGGAAAGGCAAUAACUGAAUCAACCUUCCUAUGAAUGAUGGCUAUUCAUCCCUUCUCCUCCAUAUCGUUGUUUCCUUCUCUCCAUUAAAGCCCUCCCUUGCUCCUGUGCCCUCACUCGGUCGGGCUGGCUCUGGCCUUCUUCCUAAACAAAUUCCCAACUCGGCCUCCUUCCCGUCCCCGACCCCGGCCCUCUCUCCUCACGCGCGUGGCUGGCGGGUCGUCACAUUCCCCCACCGCCACUCGCCUUUUUGUUUGUUUGUUUUCUUUCUUUAGACAUAACCCUAAUGGAUAAGAAACACUUGCAAAGGAUGCCUUCAUCACUAUCUUCGUCGUCAUCGUGCCCAUCGUUCCACGAAUCGGAGGACGAGCUAAAGCACAUGCCGUUGGCACCACCAAGGUUGAAGAACAAGAAACGUUUGUCGAAGCAACUUUCAAUGUGUGAGACGCCAAGGGACCUUGCAUGGGAGAAGCGGCGAAGACAGAUGCUUCGCCCGAGGAAUGGCUCGACGGAUAGGGACGACUUGACCGAUGAGGACUGGAAUGAGCUCAAAGGCUGCAUAGAGCUAGGGUUUGCAUUCAAUGAGGAAGAUGGGCACAAGCUGUGUGGUACGUUGCCGGCCCUUGACCUUUACUUUGCCGUCAAUCGACAGCUAUCGCCAAGCCCCGUGUCGACGCCGCAGAGCAGCACCUCGACGUCGUCACUUGGCAGAAGGUCUUCAUCAUUUGAAAGCCCCAGGAGUGAGUUUGAUACAUGGAGGGUUUGUAGCCCAGGGGAAGACCCAAAGCAAGUGAAGGCAAAAUUAAGACACUGGGCUCAAGCUGUGGCAUGUUCAGUAAUGCAAUCAUUGGGAGAAAAAUAAAGGAAAAAAAUUGAGGAAAUAUAUUGUACAGAUCAGAGUAAAAAGGGAAGAAAAUAAAUUUAAAAAAAAAAAAAAUGAGGCAGAAGGGGUUUGGUUUCAAACCUUGAAUGAAUUAGGGUUUGGUUCUGCUUCUUCAAUGCUCUUUCUUGUAGUUUUAACAGCAAAAAUAUCUCUCUGGUUGGAGCUAGCUUAUUAUAUGAGGGCCAAAGGAAGAGCCAGAGGCAUUAAUGGGAACUUUGGUAUAUAAUUAAUUUAGGGAAAAAAUAUGUUUUUUUCUUCAUUCUCAUUAUUCCAUGUUCAUUGUAAUUCUAUAAAUAUAUAUACUAUAUAUGUGUGUGUUUAUCUUUGUUGUUACACGUGAAAUAUGAACACAUCAAACUAUAUAUAAAUCCAAAGUUUAAAAAUCCAUGGAUUCAAGUUUUUUAUUUAUUUAUUUUCUUUUUAAUUUUUGGGUGGAGAGAUUCGAAAUUCAAAUCUUUAUACUAUCUCAAUCUAUACUCAUCUUUGGCAGGUGUCUUUAUUUUUAAAUAUAAAGAUUGUUAUCAUAAUAAAAUGAAUUAAGUGGUACUCGAAAAUAUAACCUAAUUUAAAUAGAGGAAAUUUAUAAUGGGUGGCAUGCCUUCAACAUAUGGAAAAUUGUAGAUAUAACAAAAUUCUCAAAUUUGGAUUUUCGUUUAUUCCGUAUUUCAAUUUUACAUUUUUAACAAACCAAUGUUUAAUCCGUAUUGUUAUCUAUUUUGUAUUUUUUCAUUGAUUUGUAUACUUUUUUGCAUCUUUUGUUUGUAACAAUAUAAGUUAUUACUCACUAAUUUUUGUAUUUGCUACAUUUUUUAUUUCUUUUGUAGUUUUUUUCCUUUUUAAAUGAUGUUUCUUUCGUCUUAUGUACAAAUGUACAACAGAUAAGGAAGAUUCAACUUAAAAGCUCACUAGCACUCAAUUACAAUUUGACAAUCAUUUUUAUGAUUUUUUUAAAACACUUUAAUAAUUAGUCAUUUUCACCCAUAUAUCAAAAGUAUAUCAAGUAUAUCAACAAUGUAUCAAGUGUAUAUCAGACAUAUACUUGUAUUAUAUCGAGCUAUAAGUCUAAUUUUUUAAACUUAUUUUACCAAAUCUACAAGAGGCCCUUAAAUAAAAAGGGAAAACACUAGUUAACAAAGUAAAAAAGCAAAGGUGAAUAUGAAGCAAAAUUUUAGGCUCUGCUUGAUAACCAUUUCGUUUUUUGUUUUUUGGAAAUUAAGCCUAUAGAUAUUACUCGUACCUUCAAAUUUCUUUUUUCCUUAUCUACCUUUUACAAAUUAUUUAAAAAACCAAGCCAAAAUUUGAAA